AUGCUGAUGCAGGCCCACAACCGGAUCUCGACGUUGCUUCGGCACGGCAGCAGCGCAGCACCAGCACCCAGUGUGCCCGAGAUCGUGAUCCUCGGCGAGCAGAGCAGCGGCAAGUCGUCGAUGCUCAACCUGGUGGCCGACGGCCCGACGCCAAGUGCCCGGUGCUGA